GAUGUCUCGAAAGAAGAGGCACAGCAUAUGGUUGAGCUCACCGAGGCCGAGAAAAUUGUCGAGAAGAAGCUCCGGCGCAAGAUUGACAGCUUGAUUAUGCCCUUGGUGGUUCUCGUCUACUUGAUGAACUAUAUCGAUCGCAACAACUACGCGGCAGCAAAGCUUCAAGGUCUGAUCGAAGAUCUGGGUCUGACUGGUAGUGAGUAUCAAACCGGUCUCAGCAUUCUCUUCGUUGGUUAUGUCCUGAUGCAAGUACCCUCCAACCUGCUUCUGAAUUUCUUCGGAAAACCAUCUUGGUAUCUCGGCUUUUUCAUCGUCGCAUGGGGUCUCGUCUCGACAGUUACAUCUCAAGUCAAGAGCUUUGGGGGCAUCGUCGCAUGCAGAUUCGUUCUUGGUCUUGUUGAGGCACCUUUCUUCCCUGGUGUAUUGUUUUAUUUGUCCAAAUGGUACACGAAGGAGGAGCUCAAUCUGAGAAUGUCCAUCUUCUACUCUGGUUCGUUGAUCAGUGGUGCUUUCGGUAGCUUGAUCGCUGCUGGCAUUCUCAGCGGACUGGAAGGAGCGAGAGGAAUGGAUAGCUGGCAAUGGCUCUACAUCAUCGAAGGCAGCAUCACCAUGUUCAUCGGCUGCAUCGUCACUUUCAUCCUCCCCGAUUUCCCUCACACCUGGAAGUUGCUCACUGACGAGGAACGACACGUCGCAAACCGACGCAUGGCCCUGGACGCCCGACAAGCUGAUCUCGACGCUCCAGGCGGUAUGUCGCAGAUACAAGGCCUCAAAGCAGCAUUCACCGAUCCAAAGACGUACAUUCUCGCUAUCGCAUACCACGGCAUGGCCGGAGCGGGAGGCUUCCAGAACUUCUACCCAUCGCUCACCAGGACUCUCGGGUAUAAUAGGAUCAUCUCGCUCCUGCUCGUUGCACCACCAUACAUCUUCAUCACAUUCUACUCCCUGGCCCACGGUCUUGUCAGCGACAGGCUUGGAAACCGUUUUUGGUUCUUCAUCUACCCGGUUCCAAUCGUCAUCAUUGGAGCACUGGUCUUCAUGUUCACCAAUGGCUUCGGACCACGCUACUUCAGCCUGUUCCUGCUCAACUUCAUCUUCGUCAUGAACGGAACAAUCUACGCCUGGAUCGCCAACGCAAUCCCACGCCCGCCCGCCAAGCGUGCCGCUGCGCUCGCUUUCAUGAACUCGGUAGGAAACAUGGCUUCCAUCUGGACUCCAUUCACCUACAGCGACGCCGAUGCUCCGCAUUACCGUGUGCCCAUGGGCAUCAAUAUCGGCUUGGUGACCAUCGCCGGCAUCUGUGGUAUCAUCAUGCGCUUCUAUCUGCAGUAUCAAAACCUUCAGCUAGACCGUAUGGAGGAUGAGGGGUCGAUUUUGACGGAGCGAGAUCAGAGGAUGUUGGCGAAGACGGCUGAGAUUGAGGGCAUUGAUAUCGCUACUGCGAGGAAGUUACAGCAGGGGUAUCGAUACACUAUUUGACAAUCUUUGAAGAAGUUGUAGGGGUGAUCGAUGGGCGGAGUAGUCAACCGGGUAUAACUAUGAAUUUGCAAAUCAUAUUUUUUUUAUC